AUGGGCACUGAUGACUCUGGCAAUGCAAUUAGAGACCGUCUUAAUGCACUGGACCAGGCUUUCCGCUUCCCGUGGUCGGCCAUGGCAGUCCAGCUCUGCACUGCUCGCGCCGGCUUCAGCCACUGUCCAGAGGAACGCAGUUUCCAUUCCACUGAUUGGCCAAUGCCUAGAGAUGAACGCUUGAACACUAGAUUCUGUGUAUACAGAGAUCUGAGGAACAGAGGCUUCUACCUGACCUCCGCAGGGAAGUUCGGAGGAGAUUUCCUGGUGUAUCCAGGUGAUCCUCUGCGUUUCCAUGCUCAUUUCAUUGCAUUAUGCAUCUCCAUGAAUGAAGAGCUACCUCUCUGUGAUAUUCUAGCUAUAGCUCGUCUGGGCUCUAAUGUGAAGAAAACUGUCUUGCUUUGCUCUCCGUGGAGCCGCAGUGAGACCGGAAAGGAUGAGAGUGUGGAGGGUGAUGUGGUUUAUUCAUCGCUGCAGUGGAGUUCUAUGGUGUAACAACACAACUGUAGUAUGUUUGAUAGUCAAAAGAUUCAGCUUUUUAGAAACUCAGUGUGCCUUCUGAUGUGUAAAGUGCGUGUGUGUGUGUGAAGGUUGUUUGAUAAAUUCUGAACGACUGAAUUGUGUUUGACUGUCAACAUGCAGAGGG